AUGAUAAAUGAUUUUAUUAAAUAAUUAUUAAUGAUUAAAAAGUUAUUUUAUACAUUUAAUUUCAUUAAUCUAAUAUAAUCAAAUCAUUUACUAUAAAUAAGGGUACUUCACUUUAGGAAAUAAAAUAAAGCUUAUUACAAAUUAGCUUAGCUCUAUCAUACAGAUAUUUAUUCUCAAAAGAUGUUGUUAAAAUGUUCACUCAAAUAAAUAAUUUUUAUGAGAUUCUAUCCGAUUAAGGAAUAGUAUUUUACUAAUUUAUUAGAACAAAAGAAAAAUGUAUAAUAAUUGUGGAGUUUAAGAUAAUACAUAGAAAAAUAGAAUUUUUAUAAAAAUAAAUUAAUAUUUAAAAAGAUAAUUAAAUAAAUCUAUUUUAUACAUAGUAAUGAAGAAAAUUUGAAGAUGAAUUGA